AUGCUCUUCACCGUCAACAGAGACCACGAUUGCCCGCUCACGAAGUCUUUCAACAAGCUGAUGAAAAAGUACCGUCUUUCAGAUGUACCAAAACGACUCUCAGGUUCUGAUGAUUUCAGUUCCUCCACUGAUGACUCAUCAUCUAUGGAAAACUACCAAGACGGCUCCUCAGAGCUCCUGAAUCCCUGUGAAAACAGUUGCUUGGAUGAGCUCCGAUCAUACUGUGCUAAGGAUGGAAUUGAAAUGUCAGAACAUCGCCUUUUCCGCUUUGCCUGCUUUCACAAUUUUGACGUAGAAAAGGCGAAAGAUGCAUUGGAUGAAAACCGAGAGAAUGCCUUUAUGGACCUGGAAAUGCGCUCCGAUAUGAAAGGCCAAUUCGUCACCAAGCUCCUCUUUCCCCUUCCUGGACUAACCACCAAGAAACACCAGUCCCAAGUCAUCUACAGCAACCCCAGCAGAUGCAACAAGGAUGAUGAUAUGACCAAGGUUCUCGAGAGUUUGUGCUAUAUCAUGAAUGACUUUAGCCAAACGGAACAACAAUGCCGAGAUGGUAUUGCUCUUGUCACAAACCUGGAAGGAUUCAAGAAGGAAAACUUUGAUCAAAACGAGUGGCAUCAAUUUCUCUUGGCUCUUCAGGGCACUUUGGUCCCCACCAAGGUUACCAAAGUAUUGCUGGUAAACGCACCAAGUUGGUUCAAACAGGAUGUUUGGAAGAAGAUGCGAUCUUCCAUGCCCUCUCAAUUCCGACGAAAUGUCCACAUUAUCAGCUCGGACGAACUUGGUGAUCACCUCAUGGAAGACUACCAAGCCUAUCUACCCACUGAAAUCGCCCACGGCUACCGAAUAGCCGAUGAAAUCAUCGAGGACUAUGUGGACCUCAAGUCCUUUCAAGAUGCCCAAAAGCGAAAAGAACUUAUCGUAUGA